CUUCAUAAGAACAAAACUGUGGUUUAUUAUAAUACUUACCUUUAUAAUGUGUACUUCUCAAUAACUAUUUAAAAUAUAACUUAUAAACUUAAUAACUUGAUUUCUUUUAAUCAUAAUUAGUGAAAAAGUAAAUUAAUAGACUCUUCCGAUUGUUAACUAAGAAUGUCGCCCAAUUUUACAAGUUCUCUAUUACAAGCUGAAAGUAAAGACUCGAUAGAAAAUAAAAAAAUGAUUGAAUCAGUAGAAAAUGAAAGAAAAAUGAGAAAAUUGAAGUGGUAUGAAUUCGAAACAAAAAUAAUUUGGCCUAAUGUGAUAAUGUUUUCAAUUUUCGAAGCUUUAGUUGUAUAUUGGAUAUUUGCUUUUCCGUAUUGGGAAAAAUUAAAUUCGUUUAUUUUUGCAAUGUUUCUGGGAAUACUAGUAGGAGUUGGAGUAGGCGCUGGAGUUCAUCGGCUGUGGACCCAUCGUGCAUAUAAAGCAAAAACGCCGCUUAGAAUUAUUCUUGCUAUCUUGUUCUAUAUGUCUGGACAGAACAGUAUUUUUCAAUGGGUGAGAGAUCACAGAGUUCAUCACAAGUACUCAGAGACGCCUGCAGAUCCUCAUGAUAGCACUCGUGGUCUUUUUUUCAGUCACGUUGGCUGGUUCAUGUUAAAAAGACGACCAGAAGUAAUUGAACGCGGUAAAGGAAUCGAUAUGAGUGACAUUUUGAACGAUCCAGUUGUCCAAUUCUUUGAUGGGCACCAUAUCAUUUUCAAAUUACUGUUGGCUUUUAUACUUCCAAUUCUUGCUGCCGUUUACAUAUUCGGGCACAGCUGGAAAUGGGCAAUAAUAACUCAAAUAUUUUUACGAUACGGAUGGACUUUAAAUUUUACAUGGUCGGUGAAUAGUUUGGCUCACAUGUAUGGAUACCGACCUUACGACAAAAAAAUUGGACCGGUAGAAAAUAUUUUAGUAAGUUAUUUGACUGGAGGUGAAGGCUGGCAUAACUAUCACCAUGCCUUUCCAUGGGACUACAAAGCUGCCGAACUCAAAAGUGUAUUUUUUAAUAAUUCAACCAAUGUUAUCGAUAUGUUUGCGAAAAUUGGCUGGGCCUACGAUCUGAAACAAGUAACUCCUGAGCAAAUUAAAAAAUUUGCCGAGAAAAAUGGUGACAAAACUAGUGCAAUUAAACUAUUAUAAACGUGUUAUAAUAAUGGAAUAAUUAAUCAUUCAUUACUUAAUUGUCAAUUUAUUUAUUUAUAUAGUAUACGAUAAAAAUUAUUUUAAAAAUUGAUUCUUCAUAUUCUAUACAUAAGUUAUACUGAUUUUAAAGAAUAAAUAUAUAAUAAUAAACUAAA